GUAUUGCUUGCCUUGCAGUUCAAUUCCAAGCUGGAAGUAUAAUGCAACAAAAUCUUUGGUAGAAAUCUGGUCAGAUCUUGCCUUGAUAUUGCUUCAUUACAAAGCUCCUCUUUCCUUCCCAUUUUCUAUCCUUCCUCACCUCAAACUACACAACCAAAGCAAACAAAAACAUUACUAUUGCAAAACAAAGAAAAAGAACUAAACUUUCUAUUUUCUUGAAGAAGAAAAAAUUCCUCCUUCCUCUCCUCAACCUGCUGCAAUUUCUUGUGAAUUUUGGGAGUGGAAGGAAAUGGGCAUGGCAGCAGCAGAUGACCAGUUUCAUGUUCUUGCUGUUGAUGACAGCUUGAUUGACAGGAAGCUGAUUGAGAGGCUGCUCAAGACAUCUUCUUUCCAAGUUACCACAGUUGAUUCUGGUAGCAAAGCUUUGGAAUUUCUUGGUUGGCAUGGAAGUGAGAGAAACAUGUUCAAUGAAACCUCUAUUUCUCCCAAGAAUCAUCAGGAAGUGGAAGUGAAUCUUGUAAUUACAGACUAUUGUAUGCCUGGGAUGACAGGCUAUGAUUUGCUGAAGAAAAUAAAGGAAUCUGCAUUUUUGAGAGAUAUACCAGUAGUCAUCAUGUCCUCUGAAAAUGUCCCUUCAAGAAUAACCAGAUGUUUAGAAGAAGGAGCAGAGGAAUUUUUCCUAAAACCAAUGAAAUUAGCAGAUGUGAAUAAAUUGAGGCCUCAUAUGAUGAGAACCAAAUUCAAGAAUGAAAAUGGAAAGCCAGAAAAGGAGGAAAAGGAAGAAAAUGAGGAGAUUAUUACAAUAGGAGAAGCAGAUUCAGACAUGGAGCAGCUUCAGACAGCACAAUCUUUGCAACAAAAGAACAUCGACAAUGACGACGACAACAGCAACAAGAGAAAAUCUAUGGAUGAAGGGCUUUCACCAGACAGAACUAGGCCCAGAUACAGUGAUCUAACUGUGAUGUCCAAUUAAUCUUUCCUUUAAUUUUUUUUAUUAUUUUGAUAGUCGUUGGAAGGAAUUAUAUCUCCGAUCAUGACGGUUAAUUCCACCGAUUAGACAAUCUUAGGUUGUCGAAUUAACCUUUGACA